AUGGCGGGCGAUAGUAAGCUGAUUUCGAUCUUAUCCUACCCUAAUCGAAUAAAUUUGAAGUCACUUGGGGUCGAAUGUCUCAAGAAAUGUUUGGAUUACAGAGGAGUUCCAUACAACGGCAUGAAUGAAGAUGCGGAUGCGUUGAGAGAGUUAUUCAAAUUGCACAUCGCUCCUGAGUUACAACGAGUCUACAGGGAUAAUCCGCUUGAGAAACAUCUCCUCGAUCUGCAAAACAAUUGUAGUAAGAGACGUAUUGACCGAACAACAUCCAACCACCAAAAAGAUGGUAGUCAGAAUGCUGCUACUGCUGAUCACAAAACAACUGAAACAGUUCUUUUAAAAAAAUUAAAUAAAACGGUCGUCAUAACUACGUCAGACAGUCCACCAGUCAAAAAGUUUAAGCCAAUUACAUUUCCCUGA